AUGCUAAAGGCGUUAGCACAUAGAAUUUAUUUCAUUUCUGUAGUAAGGCAUUAUGAUAUAAAACAUUGUAGUAGAAGCAUACAUAUUUCAUUACAUAGACAAAAUGAUACUCAAAUGUUAGAAAAUACCGAAACCUUUAGUCAGAGAGUAAUUGAAGACAAUGAAAAUGCACCACACAUACCAGUUAUGGCUAAGGAAGUAUUACAAUACUUAGAACCAUCACCAGGGAAAAUAUACGUGGAUAUGACAUUUGGUGCUGGUGGACAUUCUAACAAAAUGUUAGAAUCUUCUCCUGAUGUGAAAAUAUUUGCAUUGGACAGGGAUCCUGUUGCAUAUGAAUUUGCACAAAAAUUAUCAGAAAAGUAUCCUGGACAAGUAAUACCUCUAUUAGGGAGAUUUUCAGAAUUACCACAAUUGUUGUGUGAACAUAAAAUAGAAAAGAAUAGUAUCGAUGGAUUUUUAUUUGACUUUGGGUGUUCAUCAAUGCAAUUUAAUGUUGCUGAAAGAGGAUUUUCAAUAUCGAAAAAUGGACCAUUGGAUAUGAGAAUGGACGGAUUCCGAUGUCCCAACGAACCAACAGCGGCCGAAGUUUUAGAAAAAAUAUCUGAAAUAGAUUUAACUCAGAUCUUGAGAGUCUAUGGUGAAGAGAAGCUAUCUAAAAAAAUUGCACGUGCUGUUAUCGAUGCUCGAUACACUUUUAGAAGUCUAAGAACAACAGAAGAAUUAGUUAAACUUAUUGAGUCUGUUGUUCAUGAAAAAAGAUAUGACCAAAUUGGUAGAUCCGCUCAUUGUGCUACAAAAACAUUUCAAGCACUUAGAAUUUUUAUAAAUAAUGAAUUAAAUGAAAUUAAUUAUGGUCUUAUUCUUGCUGCAUCAUAUUUAAAAAUUAACGGUCGUUUAGUAACAAUAUCCUUCCAUUCUUUAGAAGAUACAAUUGUUAAAAGGCACAUUUCCGGAAAUAUAACAGAUAACGUAGCUAAUAAAGAUGCAUUAAAAUUUGUACAUCAUGGUAAAGUUUAUGAUCCAAUUGAAAUGGAAGAAGCCAUUAGAACACCAUGGAAAAUGUUACACAAACAUGUAAUAACUCCUCAACCUGAAGAGGUAAAUUUAAAUCCAAGAUCGCGUUCCGCAAAAUUUCGAGCUAUUGGUAAAAUCUCUUCAGAUUGCUCUGACUUGUAGAACAACAAAUGUACAGAACGAUUUUAUUACGAUUUUAUUUAGUAUAAAAUGAAGUUUAUCUUGUCGAAACACAUGUACAUUGUAAUACAUACUAAUGUAAGUAUCCUAUAAUUCAGAUGAAAAAUAAAACAUUUGAAUCAAACAGAACAA